UCUACCUGGAGGGGUCACGUUCGCUGGUCUUACAUAUCAUGUUUGACGUAGUCAGCUGCCCCCGAAGUUAAUAGUCACCAUGCCAAUUGUUAUUAUUCCAAGGAGUUAGUAGUCAACAGAAUGUUUUUUACUCAGUUUUUAAAGACAUUUUUCGUUUUACAAGCUACACUGCUUGCCCAGGAUUUCCCAAUCACAUGGGAGGUCCUGUCCUCUCUCUGUAACCAGGUCCUGAUGCUGCGGUGUAAUGACGGGUACGUUGCCGACGGAGACGAGAGACUGUGUGGAUCAGACGGGGAGACCUACCUUAACUUUUGUUUCUAUGCCCAGGGCCGAUGUCGGAAGCCGGACAUUACGAUGGAAUACUUUGGGCCCUGUUUAAAUUCGUCCACGGUGGAACUGCCUGACCCCGUGUCCUCUACCUCUCCCCCGCGUACCACCACACAAGACAUCAUCGUCCAAGUCUUCUGUUCUCAGGCCACCAUUGAUACGUGCCCUAUAACUUUGGACCCUCUGUGUGGCACAGAUGGCAAGUUCUACAGAAAUGAAUGUUUUUUCGCAAUUGAGAAAUGUACGCAGACAGCAUUACAAACACAGGAAUUGGAGAAAUGUAGCUCAGAGAAAGUGGAUACAACGCCUAUUUCAGACAUAUUUGGAAAAUGAAAAUAAACAAUUCAAUUAAUACAUAACAACCAUAUUAUUGAAAAGACUUAAAACUCAUCGAGACACAUUCUUUCAUCUACAAAAUGAUUAUUAAGCAAAACCUGUACAUGUAUUUCAAAUCAUAAAGAUUAGUUUGAAUCCCGUCUUUUUCAUUUUAUCUGGAUGAAAGUUACACUUUCAUAAUAUGGUCAAAAAUUUGUCGGCGAAGUAUGAGCCAGACUGAGUAAAGGAAAAAUACGCUCCAGAGAAGUGAUGUCGAACAAACGGACAGACAGACAGACUGAUAGCUUUAGGGCGCCACAGACUGAUAGCUAUAGGGCACCACAGACCGAUAGCUAUAGGGCGCCACAAACCGAUAGCUAUAGGGCGCCACAGUGUGGGGUCGUAAUCAGGCUAAAUACUACAGGAAUUAUGACAACAGUAAAUUAACGUACAUUGUCAAACCAAAAUUAAAGCCCAUUCAAUUUGAAAGAAAUGAAAAUGAUGCAGCGUGUCUGUAAUACUUACUGCGACUAGAUUUCAUCGAUGGUCAAUAUAUCUUGUACAUGGAAAGGUUUCUUGUUUUGUUUUCUAAGAUUGGUUUAAUGUUUUCCCAUUACAUCUUUUCCCCUUUAUUUUGUAUAAAACAGUCACUACGUAGUGAAUUUUUUUUUUUUUUUUUUACAAUAUUUCUUAACAAAGAAACCCUGUACAAGGUCACUGCACGCCCUUAACCAUGUUAACCAACAUGCAUUCAUUAUUUAGGGAGAGAGCUAAAAUAGGCUGUACCUGCUGCCCAAUCCCAUUUAAUAUACAUGUAUUUUAUUGAAUAAAAUAUUGUUUAAAUAAUAAAAUUAAACUCUAUCUCUCACCAGAGGGCGUAUUACGAUUUGCUCCAACAAAAUGAAGCUUGCGAAUCGCGCUCUGCUGAGAUUGCCAUUAAGCCGAGGACAUCUCUGGACAAAUGGUUUCUUAGAAGAUUUUUUUAAAAAUUCCAAAUUAUCUAACCUUGAAAGAUACUGUUGUCCUUCAUUUAAACAAACUUGAAUACCCUAACCUAAGGAUGCUUUGACCUAAAUUUGUUAAAACUGGCCAAGUGGUUCGGGAGUGUGAACAGUUAAUGAUAAUGACAACAUUAAACUUUUAAUCAGGAAAGUCAAAAGCUCAGGUGAGCACAAGAUGGGCUAAGGAAGUAGAAAACAUGCUCUCAAACAAGAGGCCCAUGGGGCCACAUCGCUCACCUGAGCAACAAUGACUUUAUAUGGGCGUUCUAAUGAUAUUGUACCAUAUUGCCCCUCGGUAAAAUAACAAAAAAUAUAUACUGUAAAGCAUUCGAAUUUUACACUUAUAUUUGCAUACACGUAAUCUUUGACACUGUACCGUUAUGGAAUACCAUUUUGACCGAAAAUAAGAAAAUCCUACGCAAAAUAUAAAACUAAACAUUUGGCAGGGGUACACUGUUAACUUCUAAUUCCCUAUAUUUUCGUUCUGCCCCCUCCUUCCCCUACUUUAUAAAGCGAUCAAAAUAUUUGAGAGCAUAUAGGUAGAUUUCCUUCCUCAACUUCUUACUAGUUAUUGUGUUAAAAAAAGUAUAUUUAUUAUAAUAGUUAUUGUAUUAUAUAAAAAAAAAUCCUGUAGAUGUGAAGAAUAAAACUGAGCUUUCAACCCAGGUGAGCUAAAAAGGAUUUUACCGAUAUCUGAUGACUGGUCAAGAAGCAACAGUGAGGAUUAAGUAAGACUAAACCAUGGGUUCUGG